AUGGGGUCUAGAACUAUAGAAUCCCUGCUGGGGUGGGAUCCAGGAGCUGAGAUAAGGCUAGGCAGAGGCAGGACAGGUGAUUUCCAGAAGCAUCCGUUCUUCUGUGGCCUUGAUUGGGAGAGCCUGCGAGACAGUGUGCCCCCCUUUACACCAGACUUCGAGGGUGCCACGGACACCUGCAACUUCGAUGUUGUGGAGGACCGGCUCACUGCCAUGGAGACACUGUCGGACAUGCAGGGAGACAUGCCACUUGGGGUCCACCUGCCUUUCGUGGGUUACUCCUACUCCUGCAUGGCCCCCAGAGACACUGAGGUCCCAGACCCCACCCCUAUGGAACUGGAGGCCCUGCAGUUGCCUGAGGCAGACUUGCAAGUGCUCAGCUUGGAGCCCCCAGUGUCCCCACCGGAUCAGGUGGUGAGUAUUCAAUGGAGAGGACUGACCAGCGCCAGCAGAGAGAAGGGCAGAGCCUGCUGGGUGGGUGGCCUGCGGUUUGCAGGACAGUGCAGUCACGGCUGUUGGCUGUUGGGCUGCUGCUUCAGUGAGGCCCUGUAGUCCCAGCUACUCGGGAAGAACAGGCAGAAGGAGCCCAACGUCAAGGCUGGGGUUAUGUAAUAAGACCCUGAUUGCGAGUAAAAAAAAUAACAAAGGGAAGUAGGAAGCACACCGCUCAGAGGUAGAUGCCCUCCUGGCACGGGUGUGGGGUCCAACAACAGCAGCACCAGCCAGGGCUGGGAGGGCGGGGCUGCUGAGCCCCUGGCAGAGGCUGAGUGGGGGUGUGGUCCUUGUCAGUUGGGAGAACAAGGUCAGAACCCACCAGGCGGGAUGCUGGCGCCUUACACAAAAGCUACAGGUGGGUGGGUGGCCUUGGAAGUUUGGGAGUUUGUGGAGAACAGGCCAGACACAAACCGGGGCCACGUGUGGGUAAAGCCAGGUUUGCCUGAAGCACUGUGGAAUUAGGAGGGAUGCCAGCCCCCCAGUUCC